GUGAACACUGCCUGCUGUUUCCUGAUGCUGGUGGCUAAGUUCAUCCAGUGCAUGGUGUUCGGUCCUCUCCGUGUCAGCGAGAGGCAGCAUCUCAAGGAUAAAUUCUGGAAUUUCAUUUUCUACAAGUUCAUCUUCAUUUUUGGUGUGCUGAAUGUUCAGACAGUGGAAGAAGUAGUGAUGUGGUGCCUUUGGUUCUCUGUACUCGUGUUUCUUCAUCUUAUGGUUCAGCUCUGCAAGGAUCGCUUUGAAUAUCUUUCCUUUUCUCCUACCACGCCCAUGAGCAGCCACAUCAGAGUCCUGACCCUGCUCGUAGCCAUGCUCCUGUCCUGCUGUGGAUUAGCCCUCAUCUGUAGUGUUAUCGGCUACACUCAUGGCAUGCACACAUUGGCUUUCAUGGCAGCAGAGUCUCUGCUUGUGACAGUUAGAACCACUCAUGUGAUUUUACGAUACAUAAUUCACCUCUGGGAUCUCAGCCAUGAAGGCAUGUGGGAGGGCAAAGGCACUUACGUCUACUACACCGAUUUUGUCAUGGAGCUCACCUUGCUUUCACUGGACUUGAUGCAUCACAUUCAUAUGCUGCUCUUUGGUAAUAUCUGGUUGUCAAUGGCAAGCCUCGUGAUUUUCAUGCAGCUACGCUACCUGUUUCACGAGGUUCAACGAAGAAUUCGGCGGCAUAAGAACUAUCUCCGUGUGGUUGGAAAUAUGGAAGCUAGGUUUGCAGUUGCAACACCGGAGGAACUAGCAGCCAAUAAUGACGACUGUGCCAUUUGCUGGGACUCCAUGCAGUCUGCACGCAAACUGCCUUGCGGGCACUUCUUCCACAACUCAUGCCUGCGGUCCUGGCUGGAACAAGAUACAUCUUGCCCAACCUGCAGAAUGUCUCUUAAUAUCAGUGACAGCCAUCAUGUGAGGGAGGAUCACCAAAGGGAAAAUAUGGAUGAGAAUCUGGGCCCUGUGGCAGUAGCAGAAGGCAGACCGCGCUUGAACCAGCACAAUCACUUCUUCCACUUUGAUGGCUCUCGAAUUGCCAGCUGGCUGCCCAGUUUUUCAGUAGAAGUGAUGCACACAACAAACAUCCUCGGUAUCACACAAACCGGCAACUCUCAGCUUAAUGCUAUGGCCCAUCAGAUUCAGGAGAUGUUCCCUCAAGUUCCUUAUCAUGUAAUUCUACAGGAUCUGCAGCUAACUCGUUCAGUAGAGAUCACCACUGACAACAUCCUAGAAGGGCGCAUCCAGGUACCUUUCCCCACACAGCGUGCAGAUAGCAUUAGACCUGCAUUGAACAGUUCUGUGGAACGGCAUAUUACUGAUCAGGAGGAUACUGAAACUGUCACCCAGUCUGAGAUAGUGCCAUUGGAACUCGGCUCCAGACUGGAAGAAAUGGUGGAAUUCAAUGAAAUGGAAGCAGAGUCUAGUGAAGCAGAAGAUUUUGAGGCCAGGGGAAGUCGCUUCUCAAAGUCAGCCGAUGAAAGGCAGCGUAUGCUUGUUCAGCGGAAGGAGGACUUGUUGCAGCAAGCUCGAAAGAUGUUCCUUGCUAAAACUCCAGCCUGGCCAUUCAGUUAUAGCCCCUCCUCCCCCCGCCCCGAAUGGACUUCAGUUGGAUUAUGA